UGUUACAUUCAAAAUUGCACAUAAUAAUGGAUACUGCCACAGAAAAAGAACUUAAAGAACAUCUCAAUGAAGUCAAACAAUCUUCUGACGAAAAAGAAUGCGAUGAAGGAGUAGACACUGUAGAAAUUGAAUAUAUCGGAGAUAUCAAUGGAGAAAGUUCAUCUCAAAAAUCUUUGAAGCAAAUCCAGGAGAUAUUUCAAAAGACGGAAGCGAUGAAGUUAGUGGCCAAAGAAAAAAACAAGGAAUUAGAAGACCAAUUCUUGGUUUUAAAGCAACGAUUAAACUCAAGUUCAGAAUAUUUAUCCAAAAUAAAAAACAAUAUUGAAAACAUCAAAUUCUCAUAUCAGAAAAACGUUAUCGAUUUACAAAAACGUCUUGACCCACCAACAGAAGCUGCCAAACUCAAAAAUGAAUCAAACGAAGAUAUGGGUAGGUACAUGGAAGAGCUUCGCCAUAAAAUCGAUAAUUUACAAAUGAAAAUGACGAGUCAAAGAGAGAAGCAACAACAUGUGACUGAAAGUUAUGAAGAGGCGUUUGACAAAGUCAUUAAUGCUUUGCAGAGAAUCGAUUCUGGUGGUUAUAGCUCCUUAAAUAUUUUAGGUAACGGUGACAAUGUCAGUGAGCCCAAUGGUUCCAACUUUGAAUGAAACUCACCUGUAUUCUAACAAAUACUUUUGGUUUAAGUCUGUUUUUAUUCAAGAAUGUACCAUGUGUGCUAUCUAAAUCAUAAAUGUAAAAACCAGGUCCUUCCGUCUUUGAUGGUUUCUGUCUGUACUGUAGAACUGCAUGGUACCUGAAAUAUAAUUUUAAACUGUUUGUCAUAAAUGUGCUAUUU